AAAUGUUAUAUAGUUCAUAUAGAAAUAAUCCAUAAUGUCACAGGUCGCAACUUUCAAAUAUGUCGUAGUUCGUACUGUAAAGGUUGAAAAGUAGAGAGGCACCUUAAAUGAUAUAAAUACAAUACAUAACCCAACUUUUUUAGUGGGUCGAUUUUAGUAGUUUUAAUAAUCUUGAAAAUAAUGAUCCAUAGUUUAUUUAUAAUAAAUUCACAGGGUGACGUUUUCCUUGAAAAACACUGGAGAAGUGUUAUACCCCGUUCAGUAUGUGAUUAUUACUUGGAAGCCCAAAGGGCAAACGGUAAGGAUAUCAACCCAGUGAUUGCCACACCUCAUCAUUACCUUAUUUCAAUACAAAGAGGUGGUGUGAGUUUUGUAGCAGUAUGCAUGGAAGAAAUUCCUCCCCUGUUUGUUAUAGAAUUCCUGCACAGGGUUGUAGAUAUAUUUCAGGAUUACUUCUCUGACUGUACGGAAUCUAUCAUCAAAGAGAACUAUGUGGUUGUGUAUGAGCUUUUAGAUGAAAUGUUAGAUAAUGGUUUUCCUUUGGCUACGGAAAGCAAUAUUCUCAAAGAAUUGAUUAAGCCACCCAACAUUCUUCGAACCAUUGCAAAUACUGUGACAGGCAAAACUAAUGUCAGUAAUACUCUACCUACUGGACAGCUCUCUAAUAUCCCUUGGAGAAGAUCAGGAGUAAAGUACACGAAUAAUGAAGCUUAUUUUGAUGUCAUUGAAGAAGUUGAUGCUAUAAUUGACAAAUCUGGUGCCACCGUUUUUGCUGAAAUUCAAGGAUAUAUUGAUUGUUGCAUAAAACUGAGUGGAAUGCCUGACCUCACACUGUCAUUCAUCAACCCUAGGCUUUUUGAUGAUGUUAGUUUUCAUCCUUGUGUCAGGUUUAAAAGAUGGGAGGCUGAAAGACUACUUUCAUUCAUUCCACCAGACGGAAAUUUCAGAUUGAUUUCCUACCACAUUAGUAGUCAGAGUGUAGUGGCUAUACCCGUUUACGUUAGACACAACUUGUCUAUCAAAACUGGUGAACAGGCUCGUUUAGAUUUGACUGUGGGGCCUAAGCAGACCAUGGGAAGAACAAUUGAAGGUGUUAAGCUUGAGGUAAUGUUUCCUAAAUGCAUUCUGAAUUGUGUUCUGACUGCAAAUCAAGGGAAAUACAAUUUUGACCCUGUUUCCAAGAUUCUCCAUUGGGAUAUAGGAAAAAUUGAUGUUACCAAGUUGCCUAAUAUCAGGGGUUCGGUUUCCAUCGCUAGCGGAUCGAAUACAGCAGAAAUCAACCCAUCGAUAAAUGUCCACUUUACGAUCAGUCAACUAGCGGUCAGCGGCCUGAAAGUUAAUAGGUUGGACAUGUAUGGUGAAAAAUACAAGCCUUUUAAGGGAGUUAAAUAUAUCACGAAGGCUGGUAGAUUCCAAAUUAGGAUGUAGUUCCUUUCUUUUUACUACGCAAUCAAAUCAAUCUGAUUGUAUACGUUUCCAUUCAGAAUCGUUAAAUGUUGCUUACUGUUGCAAAAACAAUUUGUCUCCUUCGAAAUUUCCUUUUCGCACUGAAGUGGGUAAAAUCUUGAAUAUUCUGGUGAUCUUACGAUCAAAUUUUUCUAUAAAUAUUACGAAAAUAUUGA